AUGGUUGUAAGAGAGAUCCGAAGUCUCCGUUCCUCUGUUUCCCGUGCGGGUAUGCGUGCACUUCUUAAACAUGCUCACCAAUGGCAGCGCGGGUUCGCGGCGAAGGACAUCCGGUUCGGCGUGGAGGCGCGGGCCGCCAUGCUGCAAGGCGUGGAGCAACUCGCUGAUGCCGUGCGGGUUACCAUGGGACCCAAGGGGCGGCAAGUGGUGAUAGAGCAGUCGUACGGCUCACCCAAGAUCACCAAGGACGGGGUGACGGUGGCGAGGAGCAUCGAGUUCAAGGACAAGCUCAAGAACCUCGGCGCCAGCCUCGUCAAGCAGGUCGCGUCCACCACCAACGACACCGCGGGCGACGGCACCACGUGCGCGACGGUGCUCACGCGCUCCAUUCUGCUCGAGGGGUGCAAGUCCGUGGCCGCGGGCAUGAACGCCAUGGACUUGCGGAGAGGGAUCUCGCUGGCCGUGGAGCGCGUGAUUGAGCUGCUCAAGGAGCGAUCCAGGCGGAUCAGCACUUCGGAGGAGAUCGCCCAGGUCGGCACCAUCUCGGCCAAUGGCGAGAGGGAGAUUGGAGAUUUGAUUGCGCGGGCCAUGGAGAAGGUCGGCAAGGAGGGCGUCAUCACUGUCGCGGAUGGCAAGACACUCUAUAACGAGUUGGAGGUGGUGGAGGGAAUGAAGUUCGACCGUGGCUACAUCUCGCCCUACUUUAUCACCAACCCCAAGACGCAGAAAUGCGAGCUAGAGAACCCCUUGGUGCUGGUGCAUGAGAAGAAGAUCGCGGGUCUCAGCUCCAUUCUGCCCGUCCUCGAAAUCGCCCUCAAGUACCAGCGCCCGCUGCUGAUCAUUGCAGAGGACGUGGAGAGCGAGGCAUUGGCGACGCUGGUGGUGAACAAGCUGCGGGCGGGGCUCAAGGUGUGUGCAGUGAAGGCGCCCGGGUUCGGCGAGAACAGGAAGAACAACAUGAUUGACAUCGCCACGCUCACUGGCUCCCAGCUGAUUAGCGAGGACCUGGGGUAUUCAUUGGAGAAGGUGGACGUGUCACACCUGGGGUCUGCCAAGAAGGUGACGAUAUCAAAGGACGACAGCAUUAUUCUGGAUGGAGCUGGCGACAAGAAGGCCCUGGAGGAGCGGUGCGAGCAGAUCCGAGAGGCAGUGGCCAACGCCACGUCCGACUAUGACAAGGAAAAGCUGCAGGAGCGCCUGGCGAAGCUGUCUGGCGGUGUGGCUGUGCUCAAGAUCGGCGGUGCGAGCGAGGUGGAGGUGGGGGAGAAGAAGGAUCGGGUGACGGACGCUCUGAACGCCACCAAGGCCGCCGUGGAGGAGGGCAUCGUGCCGGGCGGCGGUGUGGCUCUGCUCUACGCCUCCAGGGACCUUGACACCCUCACUGCGGAGAAUUUCGACCAGAAAGUGGGCAUCCAGAUCAUCAGAGACGCCCUCAGGACGCCAGCGCUGACCAUUGCGAACAACGCAGGGGUGGAGGGGGCGGUGAUCGUGGGCAAGCUGCUGGAGCAGACCAACCUCGACUGGGGCUACGAUGCUGCCAAGGGUGUGUAUGAGCUACGGCUGCUUGGGUUGAAGGGCUGGCUCGGGCUGCUCGGAUUCCUGAGCGAGUACGUGGACAUGAUGAAGGCAGGUAUCAUCGAUCCGGUCAAGGUGAUCCGAGCUGGACGGACCCACCUCUUCCGAAUGUCCCUUUCUCUUGCCCUCCACCCCGCCCACACCCCCCCUCCCUUCACCACUCCCCCACCAGGCGAGUAUGUGGACAUGGUGAAGGCGGGCAUCAUUGAUCCUCUCAAGGUAAUCCGCACGGCGCUCGUGGAUGCGGCCAGUGUGGCGUCCCUCAUGACCACCACCGAGGCUGUUGUCGUUGACCUUCCGGAAGACCCCAAGCCCAGCCCCAUGGGUGGCAUGGGCGGCAUGGGUGGCAUGGGCGGCAUGGACUACUAG